AUGCCCGGGAAAAUAGCCACCAGCAACAGAUGCUGCCCGACGCGACUGUUUGCUCUUCAGCUCACCGUUGACACAUGCACUGCUCGAUCCUUGCUGCGUCGCCAAUGCAAGUCGACACACUUUUACACACCAACACUAACUCCCACACGCAUAAUCACACCCAAACCCAUACCCACACGCACACUUUUACGCGUCACUGGAUUUGCAUUUCGCAGAAGGAUCCUUCAUCGGCCACGCAAAGAGGCAAGCCGCGCAGUUAAGACUGUUGAGUGGGACGGCCAAGGGCCUAAACAUGCAGCAAAUCUAAUUUCCACAUGGGCAGAUUUCAAUAUUAGCGGCGGUUCUAUAACACGAAGUGUAUUCACGCUAUUAAAGUUAAAGUGA